UUUCCUGUAUGGAGUUUAUCCGCUACCGUACAGCAAUGGCUUCUGUUGAUCUGAAAGAAGAACUGACCUGUCCUAUCUGCCUAAACCUCUUCACUGAUCCUGCAACACUGAAAUGUGGACACAACUACUGCCAGGAAUGUAUUGAGGCUGUGCUAGAUACACAAGAGAGAUCUGCAGCCUUUACCUGUCCUCAAUGCAGAACUGAGUUUCAGGAACGCCCUGUGCUGCAGAGGAACACCACGCUGUGUAACAUAGCAGAGCAUGUCCUUUCUCAGGAGGAACAGGAAGAGGGUGAGGUAUUUUGUACCUACUGUGUUCACACUCCUGUGCUUGCUACUAAAACAUGCCUAUUGUGUGAAGCUUCGCUGUGUGACCUUCACCUGACCGUACACAGCAAGUCCCCAGAACAUGCCUUAAUCCAACCAACAAAGUCCUUCAAGAACAGUAAAUGUUCUCUGCACAAGAAGGUCCUCCUGUAUUACUGCGCUGAGGAUGCUGAGUGUUUGUGUGUUUCUUGUUGCCUGGGCGAGAAGCACAGAGGACACAAAGUUGAAUUAUUGAAUGAAGCCUUUAAACAGGAAAAAGAAAAACUAAGGAUUAUUCGGGACUGUAUCUUUGAAGAAAGUAAAAAGAUUGAAGAGCGAGUCCGGUGUCUCCAGGAUCAUCUAAGGAACAUCUCCGAAAAAGCAGCCAGUAUUCUAGUGAGAAUCGGCAUCCAGUUUAGAGACUUUAGGACGAAGCUAGAUAACUUGGAGACUCAGGUUGUGAACGAGAUCUUCAAGCAACAAGAACAGGUGUCACUAACGGUCUCUGAUCUAAUCCAACAGCUGGAAUCAAAGCAGGACAGUCUGUCCAGGAAUAUAUGUACGAUCAAGGAGCUAUGUGAGAUGACUUAUCCCUUACUCUACCUACAAGCAGACAGAGAGGACUUUGCUCAUGUGGUGGAUGAUGACAGGAACCUCAAAACAAUUGAACCUGAUGAUCUGGCUGAAGAUGUGAUCAGCCAGACCCUGAUCUCUGGUAUGCUGAACAUCAUGUCAAGCCUACAGAAGGGCUACUAUGUGCAGGAGGCUUCUGGCAUAUUGCUGGAUGAGAACACCGCUUCUAAUGAUGUACAUAUCUCAGAUGACCUGAAAAUGGCUUCCUGGAAAAGUGGAACUCUGGGUCGUCCAGAAACACCUGAUAGAUUUGAGAAAGAUAUAGUUUUGGGCAAGGAGGGCUUCUCUGAUGGAAGACUUUACUGGGAUGUAGAAGUAAGUAAGGAGGGAGGAUGGAGAGUGGGAAUGACCUAUGCAAGUAUAGGAAGAAAAGGAAAUGAUUCCCUAAUUGGAAAUAAUAAUAAGUCGUGGGGUCUGCGUAGGUUUGAGAAUCAGUAUUCAGUAAGACAUGACCGGAAAGAAAUCCCAUUAGUAUACCGACCUACCUGCUAUAAAGUGAGGAUCUAUCUGGAUUAUAUGGCUGGACAGCUGUCUUUCUAUGAGCUGGACGACUCGAUGAGACACUUAUAUACUUACAAUGCCACCUUCACCGAGGCUCUGUACCCAGUGAUCGUUGUGUGGUCUAAUGCUUGGGGGAGGGUCUUAAGUUAGGCUUGUUUGAAUGUCCAAUAGAUACAAUAGUCAGUAACCAGAGAGGAUCCUAAUACAGAGAGAAAUGUGACUAUUAACAAUGAAGGAUAUCACAUGACAAUUAGA